AGAAAUUGUCGACCAAGCAUGCGCACUGAACCCACAGAAUGAUUUUGACCUUCAAUCAUUCAUUCUUCAAACAAUUGAAAUUGUUUGAUUUUCUCUUGAAUCUUGGUUGACAACAGGUAUAAGUCGUGAUAUUUUAAAAAUGAAUCCAAUUGAUUUCGUGAAAUCAUCUCGAGCUUGUGAAGAUGAGAUAUUGCACUCGGUGAAGAAGGCAAAAUUGCACAGCAAUGCACUUCAACGACAAAAAGAACGCUCAGCGAAGGAUGGCGUUAUUAAACUGAUUAAAGCUUUAACUCAAAAAGCUGAAAACGGUAUUCAAAUCCUUGAAAUUAAAAAGAGCGGAUUGAAACGCAGUAUCGAACAGGAAUCGUCGGGCGAUCCGAAGGAAAUUCACUCGUUGCGGGUGGAUCUACUUAAGAGACAGCAAGAACUCAUUAGAAAAUAUUCAAAACUCCGUCGCGAUGAGGUUGAUUUUAUUAUUAAUAAUACAACACAAACCGAAAAACUUAAGAAAUGUAUUGAAACAGCAAAAACUUUGAAAACUGAACUCUUGAAAUCUAAACAUUCCGCACAAGAUAACGCUGAACACAUUUAUGAGACCAACAACAACUUGAUUUCUGCCAAACAACAAACUCUCUGCCAGAUUAAACAGGUAGAGGAAACUAAACGAUCAAGUUUAGCAGGAGUUACUAAGGAAAUAGAGGGAGUGACAAAUGCUAUUCUUACACAUGAUAUUCUUAUUGAAUCUGUUUUGUUGGAUAAUCAACAAAUUAAUGAGAUGCUCCAUAGUAUUAAUAUUCGUAACUUUACAAAAGAUGAUGACAAUAUUACAAAUCUUGAACGCAAGUUAUUACAAAAAGAAAUUGAGUUUAACAACCUUACAAAUGAUCUAAAUAAACUCAAAGCUGUUAAUACUAAAAUUUCAAAGGAAAUUGCGACUGGAAAGGUAAACCUGGAAAACUUAAAUCAUAAUCUUGCCAUUCAAGGAAAAAUGAAAGGUGUUAAUAAUGAUAAUACUGAAAUUAAAAAACAGUUGAACUUUUAUGAAGCACAAAUUGCCAAAAGAGAAUCCGUCGCCGCAGAAUUCCAAAAAAAGCAACAAGUUCUUGAAGAACAAGAACGUUACUUGAAGACAAUUGCAGUAGAUCUAACUGAAUUUAAUCAGGAGCGUGCAACAAAGUUACAACAAAUUAACAUUGAUAUAAUAAAAGUUAAAGAAGAAAUGGCCAAACUGCAAACUGGGUGUAAUGAAGAUGAAACUGUGUUCCUGAAAGAAAAAAACUUGCUUGAUCAAGAUAUUUCUAUUGCCACCGAGAAACAAAAGCGUUUAUUCAGAAAUUUAGAAAAAGCUAAGAAACUUACGGAGAAUCUAAAGGAAACCUACUCUAAAAUGAAAGGCACUAAAUCAAGUUUUAAAACUCCUGUGAAAAGUCCAGGUAUUCGCAAAGUGACGUUCAAUCAAUAUGUAACUGAACGCGAAAUCACUGAUGAAUCAUCGGAUGUACCUUCUUCGCAGAAUUUAAAUUAAUUAUUUAUAAAUUAAAUAUUUAGUUAUAAGAUUAUAGAAUUACUAUUGAUUUUUUUUAAAUUAUUAAUUUAAGUUUUUAAACAAGUAUAAUUUAGUUGACAAUUUAUUAAUACAAUUCUUAGUAGCAUUUAAGCAUUUGCAAUGACAUAAUUGUUCUGGUUUUCCAAAACUGUAAUAUCGUCUUAGGAAAAUACAAGAUUCAUAACAUAAGCGCAGCAUCGCACAAAAUCAACGUAAUAAAAAAAGUUGCUUAUAACGAACCCCGAUAAACGGGUAGAAUUGAAAUCGAAACAUUUCUGUUAUGCAUCUAAAUAAAAUGUAAUAUAAUGUUUCACAUUACGCCAAAUGAAAGCAAAUCAAAAUUCAAAUACCUAAAGAUUUACGGAAAUGUAUUUUCCUAGGAUAAAGACUUAUUUCCACAGCGUGCAUGCGUGUUCGCUUCCUAAAGAAAAUCAAUCGCCAAAAUUCAUUGAAGUUUCGCUUCAUUCGGUAUGUAUACUUUCGUGAGGUACAACGCGCGGUGUUCUACUUUUUUUCAUCGAGAUACAAAAUUAGAACUAUGGUUUCAAAAAGUAAAUAAAUAUACAAUUUGACGUAUUAAGUUAAUGCCAGUUUUUUUUUUGGAUGCCCUUUUGGGUAAUAUUGUACAAUAUCUACUUAAUACCGACCGUUUUACGACUUAAGAUGGAACUUGACAAUGAACAAAUAUACCAAAAUAAUGAGAAUGACGAUAAUACCCCAAGGAAAAAAAUGUCCCCCAAGCGGCGCUUUCGAGCCCUAGUUCGUCUGGUGAUAGCAAACACGCCAUGGAUGCUGGACUUCGAAAUGAAAUUUGGAACAAAGAUGUAUGCUAUGAAGCGGACAAUGAAAUCAAAUCUGGCUCUCGAACAUAAAGCAAUUUUAAACAAAAAUCCCGAAGACAGAACCGAUGAAGAAAAUGAAGCAGUUUACAAAAUAAUCGGUGGUUUCAAAUGUUUUCGCAAAUAUCCAGAGCACGUGAAAAUGUUGCUGGCGAGUUACAGCCACUUCUGUUACUUUGGUCCGGAUCGCGUCAUCGUCCGCGAGAAUCAUUAUGCAACUUCGAUAUUUUUUAUCAUCAGUGGCGAGGUCAACAUCAUUGAAGAAAAGUAUGAUGUUUUCCUCAACGAAACGGAGCGCAUCAUAACGGAAACCUUAACGGCGGGCGAUGUGUUCGGUGAAAUUUGCUUGCUGCACAAUUUACCACGAAUGGAAACUAUCGUUUCCGCCACGCCAGUUGAAUUUCUAGUAUUGAAAAGAGAUGAUUUCGACGUCGUAUUGAAGGGCACCGUCAAAGAAGAAUGGGAUUUUAUCUCAUCACUAAUGCAAUCUUUCGACUAUUUUCGAGAAUGGGACAAGGUGCGCAUCGGCGAAUGUUGCAUGCAGUCCGUGAUCAAGAACUACAAGAAGGAUGACACUAUCUUGGGCGAUGGAUAUGGACGUAAAAACUAUGUUCAUUUUGUAAUUGAAGGCACUUGCUCAUUAGUCGAGCAUUUGCGCGUGGAGGAAACCAAAUUUUCAUCAGGAGUAUCAAAUUAUCGGCUGUACGAUGAUGGGACAGAAUCCGCGACAAGAUUACUCGCCGGAAUGCAAUUAGACCGUACGGGUGAUGCGACAUACAAAAUACAACCAGCUCCAGCUGAGCAAAAACGUGACUCAAUGUACCGAGGUGGCAAAAGCCUAAAUCAUCCCACUCCUAGUUAUAUUGAUAUAGAAGAUAGAAUGAAGAGAAAGUCUGUACGGCGCAAAAGUUCUUCGCAUGAACAAGAUGAGGGCUGUAAUUACUUUAUAGACACCACCCCAGCAAGCGUCAAGAAAAUUUACAUGCAGGUAUGCGUCUUUGGGGAAAAAGCCUGCUUUUCUCUGGGUGAGCCGAUGCAGAAUCGUCGAGUUGUCGCGGUAACACCCGUCACCUGCUUGCAAAUCCCUGGCUACCUCCUAUUAGGCCGUGAUGCAAUUUGGUUGAGGAUCAAGCAGUUUCUUACUAAGCGGAUCCCCACCACGAAUGCUGUAUUCGCUCAGUUCGUCCGACAGAGGCAAUGGCGGCAGUACAAAACUGAGUUGGUAAAACCAUACCUUACCACGUAUUGCAAUAAUUGGUAUGCGAAUAUACCAUACACGGUGCGCGUUUUCAACGAUUUUGACUUCAAACCCAAAGCAACCGAUCCCACCACUCGACAGGAAUUAAACUAAGAUAUUUAUUUUGCAGAAAAAAAUCAGCAUACAUACAUAUUAACAGAUAAAAUGAGUAAAACAGCGAUUUUAAUUUUGUUUGACCAAACUGAUCUUGAACUGAAGCAAUACAAUCAGAUAGAUUGCGAUUGUUGCCAAACUCUAAAACCCAGUCAUUAUAUUUUGCUUUUUGAUCGAAAAUUGGUAUGGGUACUUACGGAUGUAACUAGUUCUCUGUUGACGAUAGUAUAGCCCUGUAGGGACACCUUUGGUGGAUUCAUACGAAUUCCGACAAGGAAUAGCUCCACCUAAUAUUUUUAACACAAAAAAUAAUAUGUGUUUAUAUAACCCAAGUGUUCCAAAGUGCAAUUGAUCUAUUAAAUUUACCUCCGCAAUA